UGCGUGGGUUGCGACUUUCUUUCUUCUGCAACCUGAACUUGUAGAUCUUAACAAGAAAAAGAAUUCCGCAGAGAAUCCAAGAGAAGAAGAUCCAACAGCCGAGAAAAUUAGGAGGACAACGUGUCCGUUCAUCUGUGCGGUCGUCGGUUCGACUUCGAGGUGACGGUAUCCGGGAGGCGGGGAGCGGUACCUCCGCCGCCCCUCGCGAUAUCUUUGAAAAACUGAAGAAAGAGAGCUCUCGAGGCUGAUUUGGCAUUAGUUUGUUUGGUUCGAACUCUACUGAUGUGUGACCAUCAAUAAUGAAGUUAUGCAAAGAUUGCACGAGACUGAAAGAAGUUGAGCAAAUGUCGUUUUGUUUCGGCCACUCUUCCCUUCAACUACUUUAACCGCCACAUCUUCCCGCCAAUGUGACCUGCCUCCCUCCUCUCUCCCCUCUCUCUUUCUCUCUGUAUCUCUGCGUAGAACGCGACGAACAAUGUCGAUGGAUCUCCAACUCUCUCUCCUCUUCUCUCUCGUCCUCGUCUCCGCUGCUUGCUCGCCGUGCACGUCCUUUCCCUCGCCGCAGUCGAGCCCUGCUUCAUCGCCUUCCCCUUCGACUUCUCGUCAAGGACCACUGAACGACUCUGGCGUCCAUAUCUCAUCUCCACGGCCGACUUCUCCGAGUCCAAGCCCCCGUCCUCUCGCCCCUGCCCUGUUUGUGCUCGGCGACUCCUCCGUCGACUGUGGCACCAACAGUUUCCUCGGGACGCUCGCGAGGGCGGACCGCCUUCCUUACGGCAGAGACUUCGACACCCACAAGCCCACCGGCAGGUUCUGCAAUGGACGGAUCCCGGUCGACUAUCUCGCUCUAUAUCUCGGUCUUCCGUUUGUUCCGAGUUAUCUUGGACAGCGAGGACGGGUGGAAGAUAUGAUUCAUGGAGUGAACUACGCAUCCGCCGGUGCCGGAUUAAUCUUCUCGAGCGGAUCGGCGAUGGGUCAACAUGUCUCCUUCACUCAGCAAGUCCAGCAAUUCGCAGACACACGCCAGCAGUUCAUUUUGAAAAUGGGAGAGGACGCUGCGGCUGAUCUCAUCUCGAGCUCGGUGAUCUAUAUCUCGAUCGGAAUCAACGACUACAUACAUUACUACUUGCCUAAUGUGUCCGGCGUGCAGAGCCUGUACUUACCGUGGGGUUUCAACCAUUUUCUGGCAUCAUCCCUGAGGCAGGAAAUUAAGAACUUGCACAACAUGUAUGCUAGGAAGGUUGUGGUGAUGGGAUUGCCGCCUAUCGGUUGCGCUCCUCACUAUCUGUGGCAGUACAAGAGCAAAAAUGGGGAGUGUGUGGACGAGAUCAACGACACAAUCAUGGAGUUCAAUUUCGCCAUGAGAUUCAUGGUCAAGGGGCUAGGUCAGGAACUCCCGGGCGCAAGCAUCACCUUCUGCGACGUGUUUGAAGGUUCCAUGGACAUACUGAAGAAUCACGAGCAUUAUGGUUUCAAUUUUACUACCGAUGCAUGCUGCGGGCUAGGCAAGUACAGAGGCUGGAUCAUGUGUUUGUCGUCCGAAAUGGCAUGCGAAGAUGCUUCUAGGCAUAUUUGGUGGGAUCAGUUCCAUCCAACGGCGGCGGCGAACGCAAUUUUAGCGGACAAUGUGUGGAACGGGCUGCACUCGAGGAUGUGCUAUCCGAUGAACAUGGAAGAGAUGGUGGUUCAUAGGGCCAAAUGAUUAGUAUAGAGGUUCUACAGGCCAGACCAGCCGAAUUCAUCCGCAAACUUGCCUAUUUUUUCUUGCACUGUUCAUUUGCUAUAAAAGUGAUGUCUGUAGCGAAUAAUGAGUGAAGUAUCUCAUGAUCAAUAUCGAAGUACCUGAUGUUAACUUCUACAUAUCAAUAGAUUGUCCACUGAAGAUCCAACAAAA